AUGUCCUUUCGAAACCGUCCGCUGACCGAGUUACAACCCUCCCAAACACCAUCGCGUUACGCGCCAUCGACACCCCACGCGAUCCGCGCUCUCCAGCAGCGAAGCGGAGCAAAGACACGAUCGGUUCGCAGGCGGGCAUACAGUGCUACCGUGAGGCCCGAGUCGGCGAGAGGAAUCCUAAGGCAACUAGCUAAGCUUACUGCACCCACAUCCAACAAGAUAGUGCCUACGCCUGGAACGGUGAAAGGGAAGGAGAACCAACAGCCAAAUGAAGACGCCGAGGAGAGACUUGGGAAGAGGCCACGCCUGACUCUAGACACUGAUGAAAGCCUUGAAAGUGUGGACGCACCUGAUAUCGGGUCUGAAGAAGAUAGUGACCUUCCACUGGCACCAACACCGUCAGUCUUGCUAGACGACGACCAUGAACGCAGCGACAUUGAAAAGGACAAUCCGACCUUUACGCUCAAGUCUAUCGAAUAUGCCGACCACGUACAAUCUCCUAGAACCGAGCGAAAGUUACUAAGACGUUCAUUUCCCGCAUCGGAGCCGGUCAUCUAUCAUGGUGAAGAGGAGUCGACAUUUCUCUCUGAACGAGGGAGGAGGGCACCAACACAAGAGCCUACAGAAGCACUGUCACACUACGAUUUCGGCACGGUCAACAUAGAAGAAGCGAGUUAUCGUGAGCAGUUAAAGAGUCCGGAGAAGACACAAGUUGGCGUUGCAGACAUCAAUACAAGUUACUCACCCAUUGAGGAUGCAGGCAACGAGACUGAGGCGUUACGACAUCUUCAGGCCUUUCACAGCUCCCCAUCUUUGGGCCCGCCUGACGACAGCAAUGUGGAAAUUCCCACCUUCGAUGACACGAACUUCCAGUUGUCCGAGCCCGAUUUAGCAGCCACUUCAAAGCAGACGCGAAGCGGUCCAGCAGCAGAAGUGGUAGAGGCAUCGUUCCAGCAGCACGACCCGCAUGAACUCAGAGCCGGCUGGGAGUCUGAUGAUGAACAUCAUGAAGAGCAUGAAGCUGACCUGGAGGCUGAGCUGGAGGCCGGCCUGGACAAGGAUCUAGACGGUGAGGCGCCGGCCGAGCCACAGGCAUCACCAGCAAAGCUUUCUAAACCUGCAUCCACAGCACGCCGGUCAAGGAUGAAGUUGACCCGCCGUGGCGAGAUGGUCCCGUCCUUGCCGUCCAGCCUGGUGAAGCGGGUCGCGGUUGGGGCCCAGGAACGUCUGGGCAAUCGCCGCUCCAAGCUUGGGAAAGACCACAUGAAGGCACUUGAACAAGCCGCUGAGUGGUUUUUCGAGCAGAUAGGGGAAGACCUUGAGGCUUACUCGAACCAUGCUCGGCGCAAGAAACGCAUUGAUCAGAGCGAUGUGCUCUUGUUGAUGCGUAGACAGCGUAUUCUGCAAGGAAAGCGUGAGCUUUUGAAGGCCGCAGAGGAGUUUCUUCCCAAAGAGGUUGUGGAAGAGUUAGAUCUUGAGUCACCGGCCGAGGCUCGAGUAUAG